AUGUCCCCCCAACAGCAGUCUCUCAGUGAGUGGGUGACACAGCUCAACGAUACUUUGUUCAUCCAACCAGACGACGAAAUAGCCCUCAAAGCGGUCGAUGGACAGGUUGACCCAAGCUUAGUAGUCAGGAUCAACCACAACGUCUACAGUUAUGACCAAUUCAAACAAGGCCUCCAAUAUGCCCGUCUUUCUAGUACAUCGAUUCAAGACGAGUUUUCUGUUAUACUCCAAUGGGAGAACUCGGAGAAGCCAGACGGCGUGGUGGCGGUUCUUAGUAAAUGGACGUCCAAGGACAAGACAUCGGGCAAGGAAACCAAUAAGACCAAUGUCAUUCUGUGGGAGGUCAAGUUGAUCGAUGGCCAGAGGAAGCUUACGGGACAGUCUGAGGUGGAGUCUCUGUGA